AUGGAAAAUUGUACUCCAAAAGAUUUUAGGUAAAUUUUGAGUAUAUUGUGUUAUUUAAAUAAUUAAGAGAUUAACAUAAAAUCAGAUUUAUCAAAAAAAAAAGUUAGCUUUUAUCAAGAAUCUUUUAUAACUUGGUUUUAACUAAAUUAUGAUGAUGAUUUAUUAGUUAUGUUAUAAUUUAUUAAAGAUAAGGCUUUUGAUAUUUCAUAAUUUCCAGUCCCUUUACAAAUAAUUAUUUAAGCUUUAAUUGAAUUAUUUUAUGAUGGUGAAAUUAAUACAGGUUUAUAAUAAACCCUUUUGAAAUAAUUUAUAUUUGAAACUAAAAAGAAUGAAUCUUUAAAAUAAGUAAUUGAAGCCUAUAUAUAGUAUCAAGGAGAUAUCUCAGAUGAACAAUUUAAAUUAAAAACUAUAAUUUACUUUCUAUUUAUCCAGAAAUAUAAAAGUUAGUUGAAAUGA